ACCGCGCAUGCGCCAUACUAAAUAAACCAUGCUCUCAUCAAAUAAGGCGGGAAAAAUCAUAAAAAUUACUUUUUUAUUAACCAAAAAGUUUGCGUUAACAAAUGAGUUUUUAUAACAAUAGAAGAAUAUUUUUCGUGCCAAAGAAAUAUUUUAUCAACAUUUCAAGCAUGAUUCGACGAAAAUGUAUACGAUAUCGCUUGGAAUAAGACGUUUUAUAUUUUUAUAUGUGAUAUUAUAUUGGUUAUUAAUUUGUGAUGGUGCUAAAAUUCGUAGCAAGUUUAAGAGGAAAGUUGAUAAUUUAAGUGAUAUACAAUUUAACAAACUACAAGAGAAAAAUGUUAUGCCAGUUGAAGAAAAGCGCGGAUUUUUCGGACACGGUGUGUUUAGCCUGGGAAAGGUUCUCAACUUCUUCCCCGUGGGAGGUGAGCGGGAGUGCCAGCCCAGCGGGUACUCCCAGUCCAGAGCUGGCAUCUGCCUCAACCCAUACGACUGUCGGCAGCGAGAGGGUAGCGCGGCGGGAGACUGUGCACAUGGUCUCGGAGUGUGCUGCGUGUUCGAGGUAACGUGCGGUGGAGUUGUCCAGAACAAUCUGACCUACUUCAAGUCGCCCGGGUUUCCGGACCUGUGGAAUGAAGAGAAAGACUGCAACAUCAGGAUUGAGAAGACGCACGCAGGCAUCAUGCAGUUGAGGAUCGACUUCGUACACUUUACUAUUGGUCAGCCCAAUAGAAUCACUGGCAAGUGUGACGAAGACGCCAUGAUCCUCGGGGAAGGAGCCAAUAACUUUACACUGUGUGGCCAGAAUCAUAACCAACAUAUGUACUACACGUUGCCCAGCGCUGCUGAGAUCAGAGAGGCAGACGAGCUCCCUCGAUCCAGGUCUGUUCCGCUGGUGAUGCGCAUGCGCGGCGCUGACAUGCCCAGGCUCUGGCUGCUUCGUAUAGCGCAGAUACCACUCGCCAAUACCGCGCCGCACGACUGCUUGCAGUAUUACACAGAAAACAACGGUACCAUCAGAACGUUCAACUACGCGUCGAAUGGUCGCCAUCUCGCAAAUCAGGACUACAGAUCGUGCGUUCGUAGAAACACAGGAUAUUGUUCAGUUCGAUACACACCAUGUGACAGAAGAUCGUUUAGAAUUGGGCCUGGAGCUGGCGGAGAGAGCGGUGGAACGCAGCAAAUGGAUCAAAUACAAGCAGAAGGAAUGAUGCCGGUGAAUGACAUUCAAAAUGAAGAUGAAGGUUCUGGUGCUGAGCCUCAGAUUAUACAACCUUCCUCUACGACGCAGGCUCCGGGCGCUCUGAACUCGAUAUGGAACUACAUGUUCCCGUCUUGGCUGUGGGGUCAGAGUCGCGCGCUGGCGUGGGGUCGCUGGUCGCCGUACACGCAGAACAUUCCAGAAGAAGCGUUCCCCUACUACGGCUACGGGAUGUAUGGAGGGUUCCCGUUGCGUGGCCAUGGUCGACAGAGGUGCGGCGAUAGGGUAACCAUACCUUGCGAGAAUGAAUAUUUUAUAUCGAACUCCAUGUUUGGAGCCGGAGUAUGCGACCCUCAUCACUGCGGGAACAACUUCUGUCCCGGUGUCAGUCCGGCCGACUGUCACAUCGAAACCUCCAUCACACCUUUCGCAGUGUCAGUUCACUUCGGUCCCCCCACCAUCAAGGAGAACCCUGAAGAGAACAUCGGAAUGUGUUUACGGUAUCAACAGAUCUCGUGUAAUUCCUGAGAAAUAGCAUUUAUUGUUGAAAACCAUUAAUAAUAAUAUUAUAGUAAUAAUAUUGACACACAAAUUAUCUUAUCCCAAACUGUUACAGUGCGUAAAAACUUAUUUUUACAUCAUCUCGAAAAAUAAGAAAAAUAAAGUCACGUAUUAAUUUGCGUAACAGACAUUGAAAGAUAAUUAUUAAUUGAAAUGGUCGACUGCUACAUAUAUCAUUUCCUCUGUUAUAAUAUAUUGCUUAAUAUGUAUCUGAAUUUUAAUUGCAAGAACGUAAUUUGUUAAAGGUACGUACGUACGUAAGUGUUUUAUAAGUUUUCUAUUGCCAAAAUUUAGCUUUAGUUAUUAUUUAAUAAGGCGUUGAAACAAACAUAAUAUGUAAUUAUGCCAAACAUUUUGGUGACAGCCAAUGCUAUAAGGAAUACAAAUACAAUGUAUGUGAAAGUUUGUUAUUUUUCUUACUUAAAUUUGUGCAUACAAACAGCUGAACGGAUGUGUGGUUAAAGAUAGCAUAUUAUCCAUACAAUAGAAGUUCAUGCAAAGUCAUUUUAGUAAGACAAUAUUUUCACCAGAUUACGUCAAUAUUACCAUAUUACUAGUAGAUGGAAUUACUGUUUCAAAAUAUUUCUUUCAUCUUAAUAUUUAAGUUAAUCAUGCAACAUUAACAUUGUUUCAUCAAAAAGCUCAUGUUUGAUACAUGAGUAUAAUAUUUGAUAAUCAUACGUAUUUUGUUUGCUUUUUAAUAAGUCAAGACUUUUUAUGGUUAAGUAUAUGUAAUGUUACACCUAUAUAUUAUAGUAGUAUCAUUGUUAUAGUAGCAUUACGGUGGUAACACUGACAUUAAUAUAGACUGCGAAAUGUGUUGCACCAAUCGUAUGCCUUGGUAUAGUUAAUGUUAAAACUUUUGACAGAUCGCUAUUUAUUUAUUUUUCAUUUACAUUAGCUAUAUUCUGACGAAGAUUGAAAAUUGUCAAAUGGUUAAUUUUUGCUUUACCUUAUAUAUGUCGCAGGUAUAUUGUCAAAACCGUGCUAUUACAAUUUCACUAGUGAUAUUAUAAUUAAACGGUAGAUUGUCAAUCAACUUCAUUUCUUACAAUUUAACCGCCUGAUUUUAGUGACAUUGUAAUGUCACGGGUUACUAUCUAUAGUGAUAUUGUAAGGUUAGUGUUAUUGUAAUUUUAUAAUUUAUUAUAUUUUGAUAAUUUUACUGGUCGUUAGUUUAUGAGGCCGUCUCUGAAUGGUCUGUUUAUUGUAUUUAUGUGUGUACAUUACGAUAUCACUAAAACCAGGCCCUUGUAAGUUAUGAAGUUGAUUGAGAAUCUAAGCUUAAUUAUAAUAUCACUAGUGAAAUUGUAAUAUCAAGACUGUGAUAAUAUACCUACGACAUAACGCAGUUGUUGCAAACUAUCGCUCGCAGUCAUCUUAUCAUCGACAAAGCCAUUCGAAGAACCUGGUAGGCAUCAAUAGAAAAAUAAAAUACUUCAUGCUGACCCAUAUUCUAUUAUUAUCACUCGGCGCAGAUUUGGCCUCAUAAUAACACAAACACUAUUAUUUAAUUAUCAUUUAAAUACUGUAUGUAAGAAUAGUGUUUGUUUGGUCAAUGCGUUGUCACAAUGAUCUGUUUUGUAUUGGUAUUAUCAUUAAUAUGUGUUUUUAUAACAAUAAGAUGUUAUUGCAGAUAAAAGUUUUAAUGUUUUUUAAGCUAUCCUUUAGAUGAGGCAGACGUAGUUCAGGAAACUGCAACUUAUAGGUACAAUGCUAUUAAAUACGAUUAAAAUUGUAAAUAUUAGAUCUAUAAGAAUAAUUUAUUGUUAUUAAAUUUAUUUAUUUGUACAUAGCAAUAGAGUUAUAAAUGAAACAAAACAUACUGGAAUUAAAUUAUUACUAAAUGUG